AUGCAGAAGUACCUUGGCGCCCAAGUAUGGUUACCAACUUUAUCAGGCAUUAUCAAAGACCUACACAGUAUCGAGCAGGACGCUCAGGCAGGCCAUGUCGAAAUAUGGACAACGAUCGCCAACUCGUACAUCCAGCCUGUCCUAUCGGCGUUCGGUAUCGUCGGUAACGUGUUCAUGCUCCUCACCAUCCAUUACGGGCAUUUGAGUGACUCACCUUACGUAUACCUUAAGUGCAUCGCCCUCGGUGAUCUGAUCCUCCUAAUCGUCAUCUGUGGCCUGUCCUUUGCCCGGUGCGCCACAUGUCAAUUCAGCCUUGAAACAGCCUACUACCUUAAGCUAUAUGACAGGUAUGUCUACCUGGUAUUGAGCAACCUGAUGAUCGGAUGGCUCGUGCUCCUCACCCUUGUUAUGACAAUCGAAAGGUUCGUCUACGUUCGAUGGCCUAUAAAAACCCAGAGUUGGUGUACGCGGGAACGUGCCAAAAGGGCUUGCGUAAUCUUGUUCCUAAUUGCGUGCAGCUCACAGCCGCUCCGGAUGUUUGAACAUAAGGUUUCAAUCAGCGAACAGAAGAUGCCACCAAUAGGCACCUCAUUAAGACAUACACCAGAUUUCAACUGUUCGUUUCCGGACGGAAAGAGCAAUCUUCGCUGUUAUAAUGACGAUUUCCCUUUGGCGACCCAACAAGACUCGACGGACCCUUGCCCUUGGCAGCCAAGAGGCAUUGACAAACUUGAUGGGAGCGGUUUUGCCAAAGUGCCGCAAUCAGCAGAUGGUCUUCAUUCUGUUCACUGUUUACACACGUUCUGUCGUUUGCCCCUUAUACCUCGCAACGCACCUUGGACGCCCGAUUCAGAUGUUGAAAGAAUGAAAGUGAUCAAAUAUGAAGACAAUAACAAUAUAACAGCCGUAGCAUUAGGCGUGGGCGAUGAGUUUCCAGGGACCCAGUCGGGUGAUCUGGUGGGUACAGCAUAUGUGCUUAAUGACACAUGCUGGUUCCUGAUUUCGCCGGCAUGGAACAAUCGUACCCCUGACUCGCUGUACGAGGCUUUCCUGGCACCAAUUCUGACUUCCGUUAAAUGCGUCCAAUCUCAGACUGGACUUGAUCUCACAUGGAAAGGAAAAUGGCGUCGUGCGUGGCUUCUAAUGUGGGACCGUUUCAACAUUGUCUGUACCGGCAUCCUUAUCACAUUCAAUGUCAUGAUUGUCUUUCUCGUUCAUCGAGCCAAUCAGGAAGCUCACGAACGUGUCCUGUCAGCGAACAAGCAAGCCGCAGUUUCCAAGAGGCGCAAAGAAGAAAACCGUCUUACGAUGUCGCUAAUGGCAUUGUGCUGCGUGAAGAUUAUUUCGGAAGUGACAUACAUCAGCAGCGAUGAGGAGUUUGCCUGGAUUUUCUACACGGAGUAUGAUCCGCCUGGAGUCCAACUCAAGUUCCAUCAGAUCCUUUCGAACGUCGUAGUAAUAUUCGAAUACUCAUCGUAUUUCUACCUUUUGGCGUUUAUUAACCGAAAGUUUAAGCGGGAGUUUCUUAAGCAGGUCGUCUACGGGAAAUUCCUACGGCAGCGGUACUUCGGCUCGAUCUUCAAUACCAUGUCGCUUUCUUCGCACGGGGGCUCUAUUGCUAGUACCAAGGACUGCAAUGACGCAUCGAUGAGCAAAGACGGAUCACUACGUAACUUUGCGGCGCUUGCUCCGACCAGCCCGAAUAAGCGCAAUAGGAAGCAGAAUCUAGACCUUGAAAGAGCCAUCCAGGAGUUUGGAGACAAGGCACUUUAAACAGGUAACAACACUUGCACUUGCACUGAUUAGUCCUGAAUAGAGAACGGUAAAGCUAAAAUGUCCUACGUCCAAUGAUCACGAUUCCUCGAAGGUGAUAAGCGGCUUUCUCAGGAAGAAAAUCUUCGGUGGACGCAUGGGAUAUUAACAUCAAAGCUACAGUCCCGUCAAUAGACUCAAGCUUAGAAUCUCGUUCGGAUCCACUUUCUUAGCGCGUACAUGAAAGUCUGAAAAGUGUCCUGAAUCACAGUCGAAAAUAAUAAAGGACGAGUAGCUACACUAACAUACACAGUGCGUACAUGUAAGGUGCGUACAACGAAGAAGAUUUGCCACACAGUUUAGAAGAAAGGAGGUCUUGAGAACUAUAACAUAUACUAACGGAAUCAAAUAUUAGUUCCUAGUUAAGUGAGAACAAAUGGGAGAAACUCGUUACAGAGUAGCAUUUGCGCCUGUAAGUUGUGAGAAACAAGCUUUUCAUAUCAUGCUCCGCCCUGUAACCAAUACAUUUUUCGUCUAUUUUGAGCCUUUAAGCCUUUGGAAAUGCAGUCAAAAAUCGAACAUCAUUUAUAUGUAAAAUCAUGGAAUCAGAUCAUCAUUAAAGAAAACACGAGGCCAAUAAGCACUAAGUCAUGAGCCAGUAAACAUCAAAAGCGAACUGUAAACUAAUCUAUCACGGGGCUAAAAAUGAUCUGCAUCAGUGGGCUUUUAUCGGACAACCGGUCCCUCCCAUGUGAAAAAUCACUUCGUUGAGGGUAACGUUCGAGUUGUGCGUCGGAACAAUAUAACAUUAAAAUUAUCAGAUAGCAUAAACAUCUUGUUGUCGCUCCUGAUCUACGUCAAAUUAAAGGUCGCCAAUUGUAGCUCUCUGUAAUUAGAUGUUCACGAAAGGAACAGAGCAAAACUAUUGUGAAUAAUACGGGCCGCUGAUCACGGUCAGCCACAGAACAGUGUUGUUCGCCGCGUCCAAAAGCUGCCUUUGAACAUUGGCUAACAGCAAAAUGGCUAACGAUCCUUUUGCAAUAUGUUGUUGAAUUUGUUCAUACCGUAUUGUCUUUUAAUGGCGUAUAGUGUCAGCGUUAACCGCUAAUUGGCUCUAUCCGACAGCGGGGAUCGUGCUUUUUAUAUUUAGUGUUUAAUAGCCCAACGCAGAUGUAUCAGUGAGUACUGCCAGCACCACGUAGCACAAAAUAAGAAACUCGUAAAAUUAAAUCGAAUAGCUAAUGCUGAAAUUUAAGUUAAGGCUUGCUCCUCUGCUUAAAGUUGUGUUCAUGUAUUCUAUACGGGGGAGCAGUCUGGACCUUGAAAAGGCGAUCAUCUAUCUAGAUGUACAAUUUGGUAUGUAUACUGUAAUAUUGCCAAGCUAUUGUGCAUUGUUCUCUAUAAUAUUGCUAACAGACAAACGCGUAUCAAUUUAUCUGUACUUGUAUGUGGGACAGGCAUCUUAUCCAUUAUAUAUGGAAAACUCACGAUUGUCCCCGAUCAUAGUCGUACAAUAACAGAACUACGUUCUACUCCUCGCACUUUGUUGUUGUGAUAUAAACAUGACCUAUACUAUUAACAACUAUGUGAUCUGUUGCUGGACAGGUCGAAUUUUCUACGAAUGCUAGCAUAAAUUGUUUCGAUCGACACCAACACAAUUUGGGACGGAGAUCUUCAAUUUUGUAAUAGCAAAAACAUAUCAAAAAAGAAAGACCUUCCACCUGCAGUGGCCUAUACACGUAGGCAAAAAAAACCGAUCGUGUAUACCGCUUUCUAUCCGUCGUCGUCGACGUAAAAUUCUUAAUAGCGAUUUCCUGCACAGCUAAGCUUUGUGCAGCUCUGAAAAGGCGCAGUGAUGAACACAAAUGGAAAGCGGCUGCCAGAACUGCGGUGUACUAGGGAAUCGCCUAUUAGCGUUUAGUAAUUUCCUUACUCCAUACAUGUAGAGGAAAGUAGUUCUGUCAUAACGGGAAAUAGACGAAAAGAUACUCAAAAGAUGCUGAUGAAUUGACCUGCGCCCAUAAAUUUUGACGUUCUUACUAAUUGUUGCGCGUCUUCUUUCGCAGAAGCUAGAAACUAUACAACAUACUGUAUGUUUUCCGUAAGGCCUUAGUGAAGACUAAUUUAAAAAGUGUGAAAUAAGGCAGCAAAGUCCCUCUGGGAAAUCUCAUGCAUUGCAACUGUAUUAAAGCUCUAGUCGAAAGCGUAUGUUAUGACACAAUAUCACACACAGGUACUAAUCAUAAUGAUUCUUAUGAAUAUUACACGUGCUUAUGCUAAUACACAAUAAUGUGUAAACUGAAUAAAAUGCGUAAAAAAGCUUCAAAAACUCUUUUGGCUGGCGUUUGGACAGAGAAAAGGGCCUCAAUAUUGACACUGUUCCUAUUACCUUCUGUGUAUUUUCACUCCCGCGCAACAUUGUUCUCGCAACGAGUUCAAGCAAAUUGUACAGUAGAUCAAUGUAAGCGUGCUAGCUAGCAUUUAACUAGGAGAACUUCCACCGUUUUUUUUUGUUCUGCUUUCAUAUUUGAAGAUUUAAGUUUAACUAAUAUAGCCCGGGUUGUUCUAAUGACGGGAACUUCGCUAGCAAACGAGAUGUAGUUUGCACGUCAGGAUACGUAUUGUUAAAACGUUUAAAAUUUACGUAUAAAUUCCUGCAGCACGACAAGGUUUCCUUAUAUUGUCUCUUUGGGUCAGAUGGCUUUCCUAAGACACAGUUGCAUAUUCCAAACGUAGACGUCUUUUUCGUUCUUCGCAAAGCUGGCACAUUUUUAAUCUAACUAUUUAUCGAACCUAAUUAAAACUUUCAUUAUAAUACUAAGUAAUUUUUAUUAAAAUAAUGUGUGCCUCUGUGUUCGAAAAGUACAAAAGUAAGUUAUGUGUAGGCCCCUUCCCCACCGAUAUAUUGAUUGAACUCAUAUUAAGAACAACGUUUUUAUUCAUUGUUUAGCUUUUAUCCUCUGCUAUGCCACCUCCCCCACAGUGCGGUCGAGCAAAUUCACAUUUAGAAUAGUAUUACCAUUAUUAUUAUCAUUUAAAAAAUGAUGUGUAAUUCUGAUCGAUAAAGAACUGUAUUAUUACAGUUACAAAUUAUCUGUUUUUUUUUUUUACUGGAUAUACAAACAUUGGAUUAGAUACGUUCACAGGCAUGUUCCCGUAAUCAAUCAUAUUAAUCUAGUGGAAUGCUUUUAGUUAACCAAUAACGCGGUGGUAACAGCCAUGUCUUGCUAGACCUAGUCGAUAUUCAAUGAUUAUUUAUAUUUAAUAGAGGUAAAUUGUGAUAAUUUAAAAUCUGAGCAUCUAAUUAAAUUCAAAUUAUGGAAAAUAAUAGCAUUUACUGGAGAUAUACCUCUUGUUACGCGCCAGAAAACUAUUUGUGUACUUCGCUGUGAUUCUACCUCCUUUAUUCACUAAGAUGACUUAAUGAGAGAGACAGGUAGAAGCAGAUAGAUCGAUAACAGCGUUUGUUCACUGAAUGAUAUAACUUCUCAACAUAACAUAAGUAAUAAUCGUAAGUAAGUAAUUUUAUGCUUCCUGGAGCGUACAGAAGAAGUCUGCACCAAAACCAGGAACCUGCUGAUACAUACACACGUUAAUAAAGAAAAUACUAGUAGGAAAUAAUAGAUUUCAUUGCCGUCCAGUAUUUCUUAAAACAAUAGUUGGCCUUCUGGAUAACUCUCUUUUUGAAUUCAUUAACAAGAUUUGGGCACCUCGUUGUUUUUUGGUAAAAAAAGAAGACAGAAAUCUCAGUUGCAGCACAGAGCAUGUAUGCCUUCAAAUCGACCAGAUCAUGUGCAUUGAUAUGCGGAGGUUUUCGAACGAAAUUCAGAAAUUUCAAUAGAGCCACCAGUUUAUAAAAAUUCAAUCGCCAGUAACCAAAUAAUUAGCUGGUAGUCAAGAGAAAAUUAUUUUCAUGUUCACGUCGUCAGAUCUGUCAGUAACGUUCAAUGCGGCAAAAAGAUAUUUGUUUAGAAACGGUGAGUUCGUGAUCUUAUAACAAUUCUAUCUGCACAACCGUAUGACACUUAAAUGAGGCCGUAUAAACACUGUAAGGAUUUUUGUGUCUACUAGAUAGCCGUAUUGGGAGGCCUUGGAAAAUGGGUGGGCAUACAUAUUAACUGACAUCGCAAAGCCUGCCCUGUAGAGCAAAACAAAUCCGUGAGCUAACAUGCACGUAAGCUGUGUUACAUCGACAACUUUCAAGAAUCAGAUGUUUCGUUCGCAUAAAGAAUUUUUGACGGCUUGGGCAGCUAAGGGUCUGGUCGAAAGAAAUUAAGAAUUGCUCCAUCAGGUUCCAAUAACGAUGUAAGUACUAUACAAUUGACAUUAAUUUAAAAAAAAAAAAGUGAUCUCUAGAUAAAUUAGUCUAAAAGCCGAACAAUAGUAAAGGUACUAUUUCGAUCAUGUAUUACUGCAGAGCAUUUCUAGAGUACCCAUAUAUAUACUCAGUCGAAAACCUAAUUAUAUAUAGGCUUACAUGCUACCAUUUUAAUUAAUUAGUAUCUUCAUCUACACAGAAAGAAUUAUGUGGCGCAUGUUUAGUAUAGCUAAUUUCCUAGAGUAUUUGGAUUUAGUAGACCUUUCAUUUUCCUCUAUCUCUGGACCUGGUUCGUUUGUCUGUCCUCGGGGCAAAAGGUAAAAACAGUCCAUACAACGUGAAGAAUGACCAUCUCAACUAAAGUAGUCUGCUAAGACGGUUUUUCUAAAGUUCGAUUGAAGCAAUGUAUUUUUUCCUGUAAACGGACGAGCUUAGCUUGGCUUCUGUUCUCUUAGCUAGGCUAAUGAAGUUACAUGUCAGACUAAAGGCGGCGGGUAAAUCGUUCGGUGGCAGAAUAUUCAAUCCAAUACGUAGACGACAUUUAGAAAGGGUCACAGCUACUGGACGUUGGCUGUCUGAAGCGAUUUUAAAGCCUGAACAGUAAUUCUAGAGGUUUGUAGUAGACGAAGGUGGAAAAACGAGACACAACUUUACUAGUUAAAAUUUCAUCUCUCUGUGAAAUGGAAAUGGUUUGUAAUAAAGAUUUGAAAGCUUAGAUGUAAGAGUAAAAGAUACACUCUUCCAAAACAUCAUUCCAUAUACCCAACAGUAAAUGCAAUAAUAAUAAUG